UCAUGCUGCUGCCAGGUCCAGAGUCUCUCAUGGGUCCCUGUACGGCCUCCCAUUGCUGCUGUCUCCAUCGCCACACUCUGCCAUGUGCCACUUUCAGGUCUCCUCACACACUGCUGGUGUAAAUUUUUUGACAUAGGGUGCUGGCAGAUUACGGGCCUCCCAUAGCUGCUGCCAGGCCCCUAAUCUGCCAUGGGCCCCUAUAUACCGCCUCCUCAUGCUGCUGCCAGGUCCAGAGUCUCUCAUGGGUCCCUGUACGGCCUCCCAUUGCUGCUGUCUCCAUCGCCACACUCUGCCAUGUGCCACUUUCAGGUCUCCUCACACACUGCUGGUGUGUAGAAUUUUUUGAC